ACAUUUUUGCUUUGUCAUUUGCGUAAAAAAAAGCUGCAUUAUAUUUCGCAUUUAUUUAUUUUCGAUCGUUUGAAAAGUCUGUCGAACAAAUUUUCUAAGAAUGUGGGAUCGUUGUCCAAAAUGCGGAAAGCCAUUAGUGUGCGAAUCUAAUGUAUGGACGCUCCGGGCUUUAAUCGGAGGAUGCACAGUUGGAGGAGCCAUUAUUGGAGCGGCCAGUCUGCCUCUUCUCGGCUUUGGAACAGCAGGUGUAGCCGCUGGUUCAGCGGCUGCAGCUUGGCAGUCGAGUAUUGGAGCGGUUGCUGCAGGUAGUAUAUUUGCAAUACUUCAAUCCUUGGGAGCUACAGGCCUCGGAGUUUUACUCUUUGGCAGUAUUGGUGCAGGAAUGGGCCUACUAUCAUCGUCGGCUGCAAGAAUUGGAUGGUGUCCUGGUGAUUGCGACCAAAAGGAUCAAAAUGCUGAACAAAAGGAAAAAGUUGACGAUACGUCAAACAAAAUUGAUGCCUGAAAUCCAACGAAUUUCGAUUAAAUGUCUUUGCUCCGAAGAAGAAGAAUAUGCUGUUAUAUUUGAGAAAUGAA